ACAGCUUUAACAUGCUGGAGUUUGUGUGUCCGUCGUGGCAGUGCGCUCCAACGGUUGUUACUGCUGACGUGCAGUCUCUGGGUUUUACAGGAUAGUUCAUUGUUUUAUUUUGCGAUUGCUUCUUACGACAAAAUAUCGAGAGCCGGGAUUGCGUGCCUGACUCCUACAGCGACAUUUAAGGAUUUUUAUUGGACUUCACAAGAUCCUACAGCCGAAUUCUCAGCGGACAUUCGCAUGCGUAAAAGGCAAGUGUUGGCAAGAGCUCUUGACCACGUCUUCUGAAAAAAAACAAAAGCAUGGCAGCUGAACUGCACCACUUGAGUGUUUCAAAGAAUCAAACGGGACUGGACUUCGCCAACGAUUUUGACUUCAUCAAAUUUGACGUUAAAAAGGAACAUACACUGGGACUUGACCGCUCCUUCAUUCAGCAGUGCAGCCAGGUCCAAACUCCAGGCUCAUUAUCCACAACACCAAUGAGCACUCCUUGCAACUCCGAGCCCUCGUCGCCUGGCUUCACUCCAACUGGGCAAAGGAACAACCAAGAAGAGUUUUACUGGACCAUGACAAGUGGCGCUUAUCCCUCUCAUCUGGAGCCGCACACUUUGGGGUUGACGCCAGAAGAUGCCGUAGAGGCCCUUGUUGGAAGCUCGGUUCACGGUCAUCCGUCGUCACCUCAGAUGCACCCGCCUUAUCAGCAAACAGAGUUUGACUCGUACAGAGCAGCACAACAUUAUCCAACACAGCAUCCUCUCCCUCACCAUCAGCAGCAGUACCCUGGACUCCCACAUCAUUCCACUGCACUUGAGGGUCACCCUGGGGCGCAAAAUCCAGGAAAAAGCGAAUAUCCCCACGAUGAAGACCUCGAUGACAUGUCGCCAUCAGUGUCCCAAGAGCAACUAAGUAUGCAGUACCACCAUAGCCGACACGACCGCCAUGCCAUUGAGAACCGCUUCUCAGACGACCAGCUUGUGACCAUGUCUGUUCGGGAGCUGAACCGUCACCUCCGGGGCCUGACCAAAGACGACGUGAUCCGCCUGAAGCAGAAACGCCGGACCCUCAAGAACCGGGGUUAUGCACAGUCCUGUCGCCACAAGCGCGUGGCGCAGAAGCACAUUUUGGAGCACGAGAAGACCAGUCUUGUAUCUCAAGUCGAGCACCUGAAGCACGAGCUGAACCGCUUGGUUCGCGAGAGAGACGCUUACAAACUCAAGUGUGAGACACUGGCUGGUGGCAAUGGUUACCGUGAAACUGGGUCUACCAGUGACAGCCCGUCCUCGCCCGAGUUUUUAAUGUGAGUUUGUUACUGUACGGGACUCUCUACUGUGAUAUUCAGAGCUACGGCAAUUGCUCUAGAGACUGCAAUACAACAGGCUACUGUUUUACCAGGCUUUUUAUGAAAAGGAAAUCCCUUUCUUCAUGUAGCCAGGGGACACUCUGAAGUGAACGGUUCCAAAGCCCAAAAGCCUCCAUCUCAUUGGCCCUUUCUUCACAAACAUAUUUAUUCAUCGUUUAUUGUACUAGGCCUAUAUAUGACUCAGUGAUUAUGAUCAUGCAAAUUACAGUGAAGCCACGGGAGAAACCAGUUGUGCUGGUCACAGAUAGGAUUUCUCGUUGCUAUUUCUUCCGUUUCAUGUGCUAUUACGUUAUGCAAUGAGAUUGUUUUAUCCUCUAUCGAGCCUAUUCAAAGUUUGUAUUAUUAGUCAGGGACUUAAGUCGUAUUCUCUGUUUGGUACUUUGGUACAGUUGUUGAGAAGUUCUUCAGAUGAACCUACUGUUGACAAGAUUUUACACAGUUUAUUCUGUGAGAACGAAAAUGACACCAAAUGUAUUGUAGUCUAUUCACGUCACCACUGUCUCGGUUGAAUGCUGAAUAUUUGUGUAUAAAAGGUUGACUUCUGAAAGCUAUUAUAGUAUGAUUACGUUCAAGAAGUAGGUCUGCUAGAAAUCAGAUCAGAACAUCAUAUUAUCACUUCAUUGGAAACAUUUAAUUUUUGUUUCAAGUGAUAUAUUUCAAUGUAAUCCACUUGCUUAUUUCAUAGUAUUUUUAUGGUGUAUUUUGGAGAAUGCUGGCCUUAAACUGGUGGAGGACUUUGUCCGCCUCUGAUUGUGAUUGUAAAUCCAUUUAAUGACAUGCUUGCUCGGUGCAGUCUGUUUCAUUUUCACCUUAGUUGAUUAGACAUUGAUUGAAUUUUCAUAAAAGCGCAGUUUUUAUGUGUUGAUUUGUUUAAAUUAAAUUCAUAUGUGUUAUUCUCUUGCUGUCCAGCUUAUGGGGUAUGGGGUGUUUUGCAAGUUGUUCAUUAAAAAUCAUAACACACA